GCUCCUUAUUCUCCUCUCAGCCUGUUAAUGGUCGCCAUCACAACUCAAGUACUAGUCAGAGAUCCAUCCAUGCAAGCUAAACACGCUCCGGUGUCCGUCUUGCUGGUUCUCUUCGUGCUCUCCGUCGUCCUCACGCUGGUGCCACAGCCGCAGAAAUCAUUCUUCCGGGCUCGGCCACGGCCACUUCUGAUCGACAAUGAUGGCGGGGGCAUUACGGCUCACGCCUCCGGUGGUUGCGACUACUCCGACGGGAAAUGGGUGAAGGACGCCACUACCGCGACGCUCUACGGGGAAGACUGCCCGUUCCUCGAUCCCGGCUUCCGCUGCGAGCGCAACGGCAGGAACGACUCGUCCUUCCAGCAAUGGCGCUGGCAACCCCGCGGCAGCUGCCACCUUCCGAAGUUUAAUGCGACGGAUAUGUUGGAGAGGAGCCGGAACGGCCGAAUCGUGUUCGCUGGCGACUCCAUCGGCCGUAACCAGUGGGAGUCCAUGCUGUGCAUGCUCGCCAGCGCGGUGCCGAAUGGUUCGAGGAUAUACGAGCAGUCCGGGAAGCCCCUUAGCCGGCACAAGGGCUACCUCUCCAUGAUCUUCCUGGACUACAACCUCUCUGUGGAGUACUACCGCGCGCCGAUGCUCGUCAUGGUCGACCGCAUCCUGCCAGUGGCAAGCAACAAAGGUGCAAGCAUUACCAGGGGCGCCAUCCGGCUCGACGUGCUGCCACGCCACGCCACACGCUGGGCCGGUGCCGAUGUGCUCGUGCUCAACACGGGUCACUGGUGGAAUGAACACAAGACCAUCAAAUCAGGAAAUUAUUUCAUGGUGGGAGAUCGGUUCAACAUGACAAUGGACAUCAAGGAAGCGUUCCGGUUAUCCCUGCAGACGGUGAAAGAUUGGGCGCUAAGAAGUCCACGACUCUCCACGAGCGGCUACCUCUUCUUCAGGAGCUAUUCUCCAUCACACUACGACAACGGAACGUGGGACACUGGGGGCUCAUGCGCGGACCAACAGGACCCGCUGGUGAUGACCACUGGCGAGAGCGACCAAGAGUAUUCAUGGAUCAACACGAUGAUCUCGAGCACGGCACGACGCACGAGUAGACAACAGAUGAACAAUAGGGUGGUGUUCUUGAACAUAACGCACAUGACAGGGCUGAGAAGGGACGGUCAUCCGUCGCGACACCGAGAGCCCGGGACGCCGCCGGAUGCCCCAGAGGAUUGCAGCCACUGGUGCCUGCCAGGUGUGCCGGACGCGUGGAACCAGGUGAUGUACGGGCACCUCGUGUCUACGGGAUAUGGCAUGAGGUCGGUCAAAAAGUAAUCAGCAGCUCAUCUCGCACCAAUUCUACAUGCCUGCAGACACGAACUUCACACCCACGUUGCAUAAUUCAUGAAAUGCAGAAUUAGCAGAGAUUUAGAUAGGGUACAGAGCAGGAGCAUGGUGUAUCACAAAAGCAUAAAGAUGUAUGUAACGUGUUCGACUCUGGCACAUAGGUAGGCAGCAGGACCCCGGUGUAUUUUUUUUAGAGAAAAGGCCGGCCGAGCCCGAGAAGAGCUCAAACCUAACCCGGCUUUGAAUUAACAAAACCAUCAACCGGCCAGGAUUACAUGGAAGCAACAUACAUCAAUGGAGAAAGCGGAAAAAGGGAUACAAGGUGCAAAGAGGAACAAUUCUAAGGCAACAACCAGCGGGCAAGAACACACCACGCCGUCGCAAGACCCCGGUGUAUCACAAAAGUCAGAGGAGCACCCCCGUGCAUGCAUGCAUGCAGAAUUGGCGUGAGGCAAGCCGAGCCGUUGAUCCCAUGGACUCUCAAGUUGUUGCAUCCGUCCGAUGGGUUUGUAUACACACAAAGACGAGCAACAAAACCUGGAUGCUUGAUCCUGUUCAAGUCGCGAACUGAGCAUAGCUCAGAUCGAUGGCUAUGUUUCUUGUGGUGAAAUUGGUAUGCACACAGAGAUAGCUUCGUUUUAC